GAUCUUUUUCAAUUUUCGAAGCAAUUUUUUUUUACAAUUUUAACCUGAUUUAUGUACAGUUUAUGAUGUUAUACGCCCGAUUCUUAAGUGCUGUCUCCUGUCGGUGAUCACGUUCGCACAAGUUCUUAUCAUCUUUACAACGGUGGCAGAGAUUUGGCACAGCUUCAGCAUUACAAAUCGUGUACGAUAUUCGCAACUCGUGGCGUCUUUUGUUGGUGUUUGCUUUUUGCGUAUUUAUUAUAAAAUAAAAUUCAAUUCGACGUACUCUUUUGUCCGAAACAACACUUGAAUGUGUAUUAAGGUACGUAUAUUCAUUCGUGAGCUUUCAAAGUAUCUUUUCUUUUAUUAUAAGAUUACAGUGCUUUUCAUGUUUUGUUGAUAUUUUGACAUGUUUCGAACUGCACAUCAAUCUGCCAGCCACAGGAUGCCUUUGUACAGAAGCGAGAGUUCUGAAGACACUUUAAAGAACAGGAUGUCUUUGCAUAAAAGUGACAGCUCCGAAGAAAACAUCAAAACCAGCGAAUUAGCUUCCAUGAGAAGUAUUUCUGAUAGUUUAGCUAGCGUUUCAUCUAAAGAUGAAUCUUUCCGGUACUACAGACACGCCGAAGUGGGGUUUGGACGUUUGGAAACGUAUUUUUUACAAAAUCAACUGACUGAUGUGACACUGGUUGCUGGAGACAAAUCAAUAAAUGCUCACAAAGUUGUAUUGUGUGCAACGUCCGAUUACUUUGCUGCCAUGUUCACGACAAAUUUGAAAGAAUCUAGUCAAAGCGAGGUGAUUCUUCAUGAAAUGGAUGGCGAAAUAUUAUACAAAUUGAUCCUUUAUUGCUACACAGGCAAAAUCGAUUUACAUGAAGAUACAGUCGAAUCGAUGUUAGCUAUAGCAUCUAUUUUGCAGUUAGGAGAAGUUACUCGUGCUUGCUGUUCGUUUCUUAAAAAGCAAUUACAUCCGUCAAACUGUAUCGGAAUAUGUCUUUUUGCUGAUAGACAAGGCUGUGACGAUUUGAAAAAAGCUGCGCAGAAAUACACCGCGGACUAUUUCAUGGACGUGAUUCAAAAUCAAGAAUUUUUAGCACUUCCAGAAGAUGAAGUGUUUAAAUUACUUUCUUCCGAUGAUCUUAGUGUUCCUGCUGAAGAUGACAUUUUCAAAGCUUUAAUGAAAUGGGUUGAAUAUAACGAACCGAUUCGUUCAAAAAAUAUUGGUAAACUUCUAGGUGUUGUUAGACUACCUUUGUUGCAACCUUCGUUCAUAGCAGAUCACGUAGAAACUAAAGCUAUAUUGCGAAAUGACCCGAUAUGCCAAGGGCUGAUUAUGGAAGCAAUGAAAUAUCACCUACUACCCGAACGUAGACCACUGUUACAGAACACUCGUACACAUCCUCGCAAAUCUACCGUCGGUAGCUUAUACGCUGUUGGUGGUAUGGAUUCAUCUAAAGGCAGCACAACUAUUGAAGAAUAUAACGUCCGAGCCAACAAAUGGACUACUACGGGUACUAUGAGUGCUCGAAGAUUGCAAUUCGGCGCUGCUAUAUGCGAUUCAAAAAUGUACAUUGUUGGUGGUCGAGACGGUCUAAAAACCUUGAACACUGCUGAAUGUUUCGAUCUCAAAACGAUGACUUGGACAAAUAUGCCUUUGAUGUCAACGAGUCGACAUGGUUUAGGCUUGGCUGUAUUAGAAGGACCAUUGUAUGCUGUUGGCGGACACGAUGGUUGGAGUUAUUUGAACACUGUUGAGCGCUGGGACCCUGAUUUAAGGCAGUGGAGUUACGUUGCUCCUAUGUCAAUGGCUAGAUCUACUGCUGGUGUUGCAGUUUUAAACAACAAAUUAUAUGCGGUCGGUGGUCGAGACGGUAGUUCAUGUUUGAAAACCGUCGAACAAUACGAUCCGCAUACAAAUAAAUGGAGUUUGUGUGCUUCAAUGAUCAAACGACGUGGAGCAGUUGGUGUAGGUGUUCUGAAUGGAUACCUAUACGCAAUCGGUGGUCACGACGCUCCUGCUUCCAUUCCUUCUGCUUCAAGAUUUAGCUGUGUUGAACGAUAUGAUCCGAAAACUGAUACUUGGAAUGCUAUUGCGAAUAUGAGUGUCGCUCGUGAUUCCGUUGGCGUUGGUGUUCUAGGAGAUAGAUUAUAUGCUGUUGGUGGCUACGACGGACAAGUGUACUUGGCUUUGGUGGAAAUGUACGACCCGAAUACAAACGAAUGGCAGGAGGUUAGUUCUCUGAACACUGGACGUGCAGGAGUUUGCAUUGUCGCUGUGAAAUGUUUAACUAAAAAGGAUUAAAUCCAGUGUUUCUCAUUUUUCAUUUUAUUUAUAUAUAUAUUUUUUUCAUUUCAACUUUUAAAAAGUCCUGGUUUUUUAUUUCGAGUAUUUUGUAUUGUUUUUUUAUUAUUUUUGUUUUUCAUUGUUUUUUUUACAUAAAAAGCUUGAGAGGAUUUCUGCAGUUAACUUCGAAGCAAUAUUUGGUAACCUGAUUUUUUUUAUUAGGCCUACAUAUUGUGAUGAACACUUAAGUAAGAUUUUGAGUAGACUAGGAUCGUAACAAUCAUUUUGUAAGCAAUAAUUUUUUUUAUGAAAUAUUGUUUGUGAAGCUGGCAUUCAAUGCAAUAGCAAGUCAUAUUUCAAAUAUUUUUAGCUUUUAGUGAUUUAAUGUAGGUAUAAAACUAGAUGUAAUUUCAACUUUCUAUUUCGAAAUAUUUUAGACAGUAUUUAUUCAGAUUUAAGAAUUUUAUUCAUAGCUCAAUAGUAACUCAGUCAAUUGUGAAUAAUAUAGAGUCCCGAUGUUGUAAAUACGUUGAGCUAGGCUUGGUUUGGAAUCUUUCAAUUAUGUACCUGUAUGUUCCUGUUAUGUAUCGUAUCGUAUUUAAGUUUGUGAUAAAAUAAAUGUUAUUUGAUUUA